CGCAUUUCAUUCUGUUGUCCAAAAUGUCAUCCAAGUCGGAUUAAACAUUCUUAUGGGAGCCGCCUCCCCCACACUUUCGUUUCUUUCUAGUCUUCUUCGACUUUUUUCUUCGACGGCUUGACUCUCGUCUGACUACUUACUACUUACAACUAUUACUCCUACUACUCCUACUACUCCUACUACUAUCUCCAACUUCGACUAUUAAUACUAUUUCCUCCCUUCCUCGGACUUUGGCCCCCUCCACCACCUCCUCUUCCUGCUUCUUACUUCCUUUUCCGAUCUGCCACCUGAUCGGCCACCAAGUCCGGCCGCUAAAACAAAGUACACUGCGCCCACGCCUGCCAGGAAACCGCUCAUAACCGCCUUCUUCCUUCUUGGGUGCCUGGUGGACUAGUAUUUUGGUAUUUAUUACUAUACUAGGAUCACUCUCCCCCAUUCGGACUAUACUAGUUGGGUUCUAUACUAGUGUCCAUCCUGUGGUUUCCCCUCCCCGCCCCGGUUAUAUUCCCACCCAACCCUCUUUUUCCUUUCCUCCGUCAGCCUUUCCACCACCAGCGCCUGGCCCUACCGGUGCCUUUACCUGUUCUGGCCCAUGUUCAAUGUUGUCCAUGCAGAACUCCCUGUACUUUGCGCGCCCAGAGUUCACCGGGUCCGGUCUACAUGACGAGACCUGCUCCGGAAACCCUUCGGAUCGUCCCAUCCCCACUCUAGCCGACAUUACCAACGCUCACUCAACCUCCCACUCCCACUCCCUACGAGCCAGCACCUCCAGCACCAGCACCGGCGCCAGCCCUGAUGAUACCUCGACGGACUCCCCCGACUGGCCCGGCGACUCGGCCGAUCGGUCGCUGGCUGAUUUAGAUGCGCAUUCCACGAAUUACCACCUGUCGCAUCGACCGGACUCCUCCUCCUCGGCCUUUCUCGAUGCGCCACCACGCUUUGACAUGGACAACCUACCCAAGGUGGAGGAGUUGGACGACGAUAUCCAAAGCAUUAAACCAUCCGAAGUGGGGACAGAGGGGCCAAACGACUCGGCUGCGCCCGUCGCGGUUCCACGGAAACGUGGUCGUCCACGCAAACACCCGCUUCCUGCACCGGGCGGCCAGGUAAAAGUCACAAAGGGUCGCUCCAAGACCGGCUGUAUAACCUGCCGCCGCAGGAAGAAGAAGUGCGAUGAAACCAAGCCAGCGUGUCUCAACUGUCAAAAGAAUGCGGUUGUCUGCGAGGGAUAUCCCCCAAAGGAGAUUUGGAAGAGUGGUCGUCAAAAAAUGGCCGAUGCGGUCCGCACCCAGUCCCUUACAUCCGUUCCUCGUAACCUCCCCCUCCUCAUUGAUGGCAUCGAAACCGAGAUCGAUCGUCGUUUCCUCGAUCACUUCGUCUACGGAUUCAGCCGGGUUCUGACCCUCAUCAACGAUGACUCGAAUCCCUUCAAGGAGAUCCUUCUGCCGAUGGCCACGCAACAUCGAGGGCUGAUGCAUUCGCUCAUGUGCUUGUCUGGGUCACAUUUGUCUGGUUUGGAUCCCGAGCCCAAACUGAAAGAGCGCAAAUACUUCCACUUCCAUCGUGCGAUUCAAGAUCUUAAGGACAACAUUACCGCGACGUCAUCUCAGACUGCAAGCGCCAGCACGGGCACGGGCACGGAUCAGGAUCAGGAUCAACAAUUACUUGUCGAGGACCCGAUCAUCGCAUCGACGAUCGCUCUCAGCCUCAACACGAUCUGCGAAGGCGAGACCAACGGCGAGUAUCGCCCUCACAUGGAUGCCGCGCGGUACUUGUUACUCUCGCAGCAGCCCCGAAAUGAGAAGUUCCGCCAAUUCAUCGUCGAAUUUUUCCAGUAUCACGACAUCUCGAAUGCCCUCACAUCUCUGGACCGUCGCCCCUCGCUUAUGCAGGGUGGCCUGCGCCUACCCGACUUUGUGCCUGGGGCCCAGGCUGGCAAUUUCCUUGGUGUGUUUGAUGGUCUCUUCAACUACAUCUCUGAAAUCACCCAGUUGCGAGACAGGAUUCGCCAGAGGUUUAACGAGGGUUACGAGCCUGCUGUCGAUUAUCAAACCCUCAGUGAAGCCGUCCAGAUCGACACGGCGAUUCGGUCAUGGAAGACAUCACAUGAGGAGGAAUCCCCGAACUGGUACUUGGCUCAACUAUAUCGGCAAUCAACAUGGGUCUACCUCUACCGGACGAUCCGGCCCUCGCGACCGAGCGAUAAGAUCUCCCAAGUGGUCGACGACGGUCUAGGCUACCUGGAUCAGCUACCCCAAGAUGCGGGUGCCUACAGUAUCGUCUUGAUGCCACUCUUCUUGCUGGGAUGCUCAGCCUUCAUACCGCAACAGCGCGAGCGGAUCCAACGUGGUUUCGAAACCCUCAAAUCCUAUUCCAACCUCCGCAACAUUGAACCUGCUUUCAAGGUUGUCUCGCGAGUAUGGGAGAUUAUGGACACCAAAAUUGAGGACAGUUGGGACUGGGAGAAGAUCAUCAGUGACAUGAACAUGGAUUUCUUGAUCACUUGAGAUCUUUCUUCAUAUUCCCUCGCCUCCAGCCUACAACCUAUUUUACCUCUAUGCCCUUGAUGUUGAUACCCCCUGCUCACGUUUUUCUUGGUUACGCUUUCUUUUCCUCUUGACCUGUUCACACUCAUCACAUUUGGGCUUACAAUCCCGUUGGACUAUGUGAAUAUUGGACUUUAAGCAUAACGGUUGUUUCUUCCAUGGAGGCUGUACUAAUGAUGUGUGGCGUUUUCUGCUCGGUUCUGUUUCUGUGAUAUCUUUUUGUUUCUGUUCUCUAUUAACCAUGCAUCUGCAUUUUUGGAAAGGCGGAGGGCAUAGGAGGCCCAGCUGUUCUGAGUUUUUUUUUGUUUCUUCUGUUCUGAUGGCUGGCGAAUUGCAACCCGUGCGGGGACCCCGCAGUAAGGGGGGAAUGUGGAGGAGUGCAUGAUACGAGCGAGCGAUGCACACAAGAGGGUAACGGUCAAGUCAAAUCUUGACCGCUUGAUCUGACCUUUCUUCUUCUCCGCCUUUUUGUGGAGAGAAACGUGUACGUUUUUCUGUACAUUUUCCUCCCCUGUCUGUACUGGGGUCAUACACAAAGUCAAAAAGCAAAAGCCGAAAAAAAGCACUAUGGUGUUCUAGUUCUUGGGGAGGUUGAAAAAUUUGAGGUAUUAAUCAUGAGAUAUAGCCCAUUCAGCUAUCAUCUCAUCCUUAACGACAGGGGCGUUUUGUUUCUCCCUUGAUGUGUUGAUUGAUGGGAUGUGGUAUUCUUGAAUAUGCCUUUUUUUUUCAUGGAUUGUGUGCGUUGUAUAUAUCCCUUAGCUUUCUGCUGUGUAUGUAUUUGCCUGCAAUUGGAAGCUGUGAAUCCUCUGUAUAUUAUGUCAAAUGCAAAAUUAUGACUCUUUUUCUGAUGCGGGGAUUCUGUUGUCGUUGAGUUUGAGUUUGAGUUUGAAGUCUACCUUUUGGGUUAGGAAGGAAAGUCUGCUUCAC